UUAUAGUUCAACUUAGUGUCAAAAAAUGUGUAAAAAAAAAAAAAAAAGAAUUAUAUACCUUCCAUUCUCAUUUCAACUACUAGAAGCUACAAGUGGAAAUAACAAGACCAAUUGGAAUUGGAAUACUUAUUUCGCACGGAAAAUCUCAGGGUUGAAUAUUUAUUGGAAAGAGUAUGUAUUUUUCCGGUAGUCUCUAUGAUCAGUGUUCAGGAAGGAAUUGAAGGAACAUUGAAGAGUUGGAGAAGAGAAGAAUGGCUCCAUACUUACCACCAAUUAUCAUUCAAGAAAUUCUCUCAAGACUUGACGUUAAGACUCUGAUUCGAUUCAAAAGUGUAUCAAAAUCUUUUACCAACCUGAUUUCUAGUCCUUCUUUCCAAGAGUUGCACAACCGAAGAUCGCAGCGAAAUCUCCUUUUUCUCUUCCGAUCCACCUCCCCCUAUUAUGACGAGCAUGCGGAUGCUACUCGCCGCUUUGUUUAUCAAUUCGUUUCGGUAGACAAUCGUGGAAUGGUGCAUAGUAAAUUCAUUGCAAGGGUGGAUGAUCCAAUUAAGCUCGUGCUACCCAGCUGCUGCGGAUUGGUUUGUUUCGCUACAAAUACCCGCAUUUACUUAUGUAACCCUGCCACCCGCCAACUCGCCCCGUUGCCUAGAUAUCCUUACCAGCAGCGCACACCGAUAUCAGGAUUUGGGUUCGGUUAUGCGGGGUCAGUUAAGGGAUACAAAGUGGUACAGUUAGUUCAUCGUGUAAUUCAGCCCUCCAUUGCUCAUAAGAUAGAAUGCUCUGUCUUUACCAUUGGAUUUGGAGGACGAGUUGAUAACGGUUGGAGAGUACUGAAAGAAGGCUGCCCAUAUUUUGUCGAGCAGUUCAGUUAUCCGGUUUUUAUCAAGGAAACCAUCAAUUGGAAGAUCAAUCGGUAUCAUCAUCGAGUGCUAAGGAGGAGCAACGAUUAUGUUGUCUCUUUCAACGUUAGAGAGGAGAAAUUCUUUACCAUUACUCAUCCAGCUGAUUGGAGAUACAUUGCACAAAAUUCGACGCAGCUGGCGGAUCUCGGCGGGAUGUUGUGCAUGGUUGAGAUUUCGGCAUCUCAUAUAAUAGUAUGGAUGCUGAGGGAUCACCAAAAGUGCGGAUUGUUGUCAUGUUGGAGAUUUCGGCAUCUCAUAUAA